CCUGAGAAAAAGAUAGGAAACUGAUUGUAGUAUCUGAAUUCACAGCUAUCAGUGUAUUUUCUUUGUUGCAUAUACUUCGAUGGUCUUCACCUUGAGUCAUCAAUUUUCCAGGAUUCUUAUGCUCUCUAUAAGGUCUUCAUGAAGAGUGGACCUGGUCCUAAGAAUGGGGAGCAGUAUGGAGCGCCCUUUAGAGAAGAAGAGUGGGUUGAUGAAGCAGCAGACGAGAGCUUCAAGAGCCAGGACAACAUUGAAUUGUCAAGGAAUCAGGAAAACAUCGAAGCACCAAUUACUAAGCCUCUUCAUCAUCUUACCUCGUCUGGCGUGAUGCAUGAUGCUGGGAACACUCUUCCGAUAAACGAGCUAGAGGAUCUUUUGCUAAAAUUGCCUGAGGAGCAAGACAUGGUUGGCCAGUUCUCGGAACAUUCUGCAUAUAUUUCAGAGGUUGAUGUUGAAACAGAAGCUGGGAAGCAUAAUUUCAGCCCACCCUCAACUGAAACUACUACUUCUUUUGAGGACGAUAGCACUCGGUGUGAGUUGAGCAUUUUGGAGGCAAGCUUUCAAGUUGCAGAACCACAUUCUUGCUUCGUGCAGCCUGUUGAGAAUCCUGAGAUGACUUCAUUAACCUAUAACUCCCAUCAGAGUCCAGAGGAGACUCAUGGGGAGUUUCUUGAAAUCAAAGAUUUCAAUGAACCAGAAUCUGUCAUAUGGAGUGGGAACAAUUCAAGUAACGGAGACCAGACUGAUGGACCUGAUGGAUUUUAUGAUUCUUACGAUUAUUUCGACGACCCUUUGUCUUUCUAUAAUCAUUUUGAGCCUCUGGGCUUUCCAGCACAGAACUCAUAUCUUGAUAGCUUUGGUGAUGAUGGGGUGCUAAAUGAGUCCUAUCAUGUCUUGACUAAUCUUUGGGAACAUAAUCUGGUCUCUGGUUUCUCAAAUGCAGAUACAAAUCGGAUCUUCAUGGCAUCACCAGCGUCAGGUGUCCCAUAUGCUUCUGCAUCAUCCAAUAUCGAGAAGCCUGAAGAGCAAGGCACUCAUGUUAGAGGCACCUCAGAAUCAUGGCUCAGUUCUGCACUCUCAAACUUGUUAGAUUCUGUACCAAGCAGUCCUGCACUAGCUUCAGAAAAUACCUUCAUCAACAGGGCACUUGAACGUGUUUCGAGUUUUAGAUCAGGGCAGGUUGGAGUUCACGGUCCAAACACCACUACAGGUGAACACGCUGCCACAUCUAUAAGAAGGGGAGACCACCGCAAUGAAGGGGUUCUUUUCAUUUCACUCCUGGUUGGGCUGGGUGCCGUGUUCUGGGUCUUGACUGUUGGGGCUACAAUAACAGUUUUCAAGGGUUUCCUGGCCAGAUUCAAUUCCCCUUGAGCAAAAAAACCAUUAUGAGCAAGCUUUGUUCCAUGUAACUCUGGGUUUCCAUAUCUUACUUUCCUUGAUGUUGAUUUGGAGUAUUGUACGUGUUCAUGUAUACUUGUAAAGGAAGGUUAAAUAUCAAGUUUCAAGUUAGGUA